AACAGGAAUGCUAUGAUAUCCUGUCAUCAUCUAUUAAUAAUAAUGCAGUCAGUUGGUUAGUUGCAUGUGAACUGCAGAAGUUGUGUAGGUGACAGAUUAUUAUUAGUAGCAGAUUUCUUGCAUGGACUUCUCUUGACCAGUUGUGUGAGACUUUUGUAGUGUCUGUUGGUCUGAAAUGGCUGGAGGAAGGAAAACUAUCAACAAGAAGUUUAUUCUCUAUUCUGAGGCAAUAUUUGAGGACUACAAAGUAAUCCGUGUGUUCAUCAUCCUCAUCCACCUACUGCCCUUACUGCUCGGGAUCACUGCAGUCAUUAUUGGAGUGUUUGGGUACAACCCGGCGGACUCAAUCAUCCCCUUUGUCAACUGCACAUUGGCUCUACAGUUUCAGCCUGGACUGCAAUACCCAGUACAACUGCAGCUGAUUAUCACUGGAGUUGCUCUCAUAGCCUGUGAUGUAAGUGCCUCUCUGCUCCUCUGUGCUAUCAAGAAGCUGAGCUGUGGUGUGUUAGCUCUGGCGUGGUUUCUGAUAAGCACUGUGUGUGUGAGUGGAUGGAGUGUGUGGAGUAUAGUUUACUCUGCUCUAGUGUAUCCGAUAUGGAACAUGGACAGACGUUCCUGUGAUGACCUCAUCAUGAUCAGUAUGCUUGUGAGCACUGGACUCAUCUCAUUCUUCAUGGCACUCUAUUGGCUGAUUGCUCUAGUGGUAACUGUGUAUGACUGCUGGUAUAGGUGUGACCUACAAUGCACAUGUUCAUGCAAACGAAGACAACAGGAAUUCCAAGACUUUUAGGCACACACACACACAUAGCUGUCAUUGCACUCAAUUACUUAACAGUUGCUAUGUUAAUGGUUGUAUGUAAGAAUGUUAAAAAUGCUUUUUCAAUUUCCACAA